GAUUUCUCUUACCCCCAGGAAAUCAUACUCCAACGUCAACCUUACUCAAACUUCGUCUCCUUCAUCCAAUAGAACCUCCUUCUUCACCCAUCCGUCUCCUGACUUUGACAAACGCAUUUCCUCAUCCCUUAUUACUUGUCGUCAUCCGGAGUCUGGAUUGUAUGUUGGGAACUUAAUGGAAUCUCAUGACUAAGAGCUUGCAUUUUUCAUUACACAUCGGUCCAUGCCAUUACUUGGGUCCAGAGGUUCAAACAAGGUCAAUAAGACAAGAUUCCACCAUUGAGUCUCAUAAUUUCCCAGCUUCCCAAGGGCCGUGUUAGUUUCUCUUACCCCAGAUUGUGUCACCUGCCGCUAAAAAGACUCUUGAUUCAAUAAGCGCCGAUUCACCGUGUUUGAUAUUCUCCCUAAGCUCUCCACGCCACGCAAUUUGACUCCCAGAUUUCUUCAUAUACUACUCCACAGUGUUCUAUGCUACACCGCUAGGUUCACGCAACCCUUCAAUCGUUAAGUAAUAGUGCAUUUAACCCGCAUAUUCAAAUUACAUUACGUUUCUCUUUGUCUCAUGGCUUCCCCAGAGAUGCAUAUUGGUCAUGAACAGCAGGAUCAGCACGGACAACGAGAUCAGCACAUGAACAGCAGAGAAUAUGCUGUGUCCCAAGAUGCUCAGGAUCCUCUUCGUCAUAUCAGAAAUGAAUUCCUCAUUCCUUCUACGGCUGAUUUGCAAGCCAAAACUCUGUCAAGUUUAGAGUCUCGAAUCUCCUCUCCUGGCGAUCCCUGUGUUUACCUUUGCGGAAACUCACUUGGCCUACAGCCGCGUACUACCUCUACUCGUAUAGAACAAUAUUUCAAGACAUGGGCAACUCAAGGUGUAUUUGGCCAUUUUAAACCCCUUUCUGAUUCGCCUUUGCCAACAUGGCUACAUGUAGAUUCAAGUGCUUCGGAGAACAUUGCUCCUAUUGUUGGUGCGCAGCCUUCGGAGGUCAAUGUAAUGCAGACUUUGACUGCCAACUUACACCUUCUCAUGUCCGCGUUCUACAACCCUGAUAUCAAUGGCAGGCACAAAAUUAUAUUGGAAAGCAAGGCAUUUCCAUCAGAUCACUACGCCGUAGAGUCGCAGAUCCGGCAUCAUAACCUCUCACCUGCUACGUCGAUGAUUACCCUGGAGUCGCGUUCAAUUACCGAACCCACACUCUCCACAGAUUACAUACUCAAAACCAUUGAAACCCAUGCUAAAGAUACAGCAAUUUUGCUACUCCCCGGUGUUCAGUUCUAUACAGGCCAGUUAUUUGACAUACCCCUCAUCACACGUAGGGCUCGAGAUCUCGGCAUAUUUGUUAUUUGGGACCUCGCUCAUGCAGUUGGAAAUGUUCCACUUUACCUCCACGAUUGGGAUGUUGAUGCAGCUGCCUGGUGCACUUACAAAUAUUUAAACUCAGGACCGGGUUGCAUUGGUGGAAUGUUCAUCCAUGAAAGAAACACGCAAGUGUCUGCUUCGUCACAGAGCACAGAUGCGGGGGCAGGAUUUGUAAAUAGAUUAAGUGGCUGGUGGGGCAAUGACAAGAAUACGAGAUUCGCUAUGGAGAAUCACUUCGUGCCGAUAGCGGGCGCUGCGGGGUUUCAAUUGAGUAAUCCAAGUGUGCUGGACAUCACGAGUCUAAACGCAUCUCUGGAGAUAUUCAAGCUUGCUGGUGGAAUGGAAAUGUUGAGGGCGAAAUCCAUGGAGUUGACAGCUUAUCUGGAGGACUUGCUUUUGGACACAGCGAUUUACGAAAAGAGCAGGUUCUCGAUCAUUACACCUCGGCAUAGAGAGCAGAGGGGUGCUCAGCUAAGUCUCCAACUCGCUGAUGGAUUGUUGAAUGUAGUCAUGAAAGAGUUGGAGUUGAGGGGAGUGGUCGUAGAUGAAAGACAGCCGAAUGUGAUAAGGGUGGCGCCAGCCCCUCUGUACAAUAGCUUUGAGGAUGUAUGGAAGUUUGUGGAGGCAUUUAAAGAAGCAAUGGAUAUAGCUUGGAAGGCAAAACUUGGAGAAAUAUCUGCUGAGGGCACCCGGGAAUUAGAAUUGACCACCUGAAGAGAUAAGAUGACAUCGCAAUGGCAAUCAAGUCGAUCAAAAUCUUUACCUUCAUGUGUCAAGUGCACUUAGUAUAAGCUUCAAGUUACCUAAAGGUUCUUGUCCUACAUUAGGCAGUGGUGUGCGGUCCCGUUUUUGAUUUCCAUCCGACUUGACGAUCUAAUCUCGACCAUCUGAAUGUUGCUAAUAGUUCUGUCAAGUCUACUGACUUCGCAGCCACAGAUUUGAUGUUGUUCACUGGAUCAUUUCAAUGUGCAACAAGUACGGCGGACGGACUUUCAAUCGGACUUUAACCUCAAUUAUGCAGCUCUGAAUAAAGUCUAGCCAAAUCAACCCACAAUCAGACCAUUGCCUAUUUUUUUACGUCUGAUUCAUCAUAUUUAAGAUUUAUAUCA